AUGGCGCUAACAAAAGUUGCUCUCUUCCUUGCCCUCAACCUUGGUCUCAUUGCUAUUGUGCAUGGUAACCCUCCAAUGGUUCCUACACCACCUUUGGUGCCUACCCCACCUAUUGCACCGACACCAUCGAAUGGUGGUUCCUGCCCAAUCAACCCACUAAAGAUAAUUGUGUGCAGCAAUGUAUUGUUGCUACUCAAGCUCCGGAUCAACGUGCCGGAGACCGAGCAAUGUUGCCCACUGCUUAGUGGGUUGGCUGAUCUAGAUGCCGCUGUCUGUGUUUGCACUGCCAUCAAGGCCAACCUCCUUGGCUUCAUCGACGUCGACAUUCCUGUCGACCUGACCCUCCUACUCAACCAUUGUAACAAGACAUAUCCCUCUAGUUUCACCUGCUCGCCAUGA